UCCAAAUAUUUUCUUCUUUUUGUUCUUUUUCUUUUAAACAGAAGAUAGCAGGAACCAUCGUGGUGGGGGAGGUUUUAUAGUGGCAGCAAUGAAGAGGAGAUAUUGAUUGAGUAGAAGGUGUAUCAGGGAACACCAGUCUAGCAUUUCCCUGCAUCUGGAACCAGCUGUGGCUUUAGUAGAAUCCAGACCAGGAGUCUGGUCUGCCCCAGCUUCAGAAAGUAUUGCCUGAUUACAUUAGUACUGCAGUGAUUUUGUUUGUUCUGAUUACCUGAUGGGACUUGCUAACCUAAUCACAGGUGGCGUGGCUCAGUUGAUUGUUUCAGUGUUCCCAGAAUUGGAGUUCUCGGGCUGAUUCAAGUUUCCUCCUAGCAGCACGUGCAUACCCGUUCAUUCAUUCUGCUAAGCCUUUUGAGCCUGCUGGUUCUUGGAAUACAGCAUACUAUGGGGUAAAGACCUUGGGCUCUAGACUUGGACUGCCUUGAGUUUGGAUCCUUGUUCCAUUUAUUCACUGGCUGGCUGACUUUUUUGGGGCUGUGCCACACAGCAUGUGAAAUCUUAGUUCCCCAACUAGGGAUCGACCCGGGGCCCCAGCAGUGAAAGCGCCGAGUCCUAACUCCUGGACCACCAGGGAAGUCCAUUGCCAUCAUCUCUUGAGAGUUGCUUUGAGGAUUUUACGGAAAGUGCUUAGAUCAGCACCUGCCCUCUAGAAAGUGCACAGAUAUAUUGGCUAUUUUUGAGUUCGACAGUGAGCUUCUUAGAGAGACAUUGGCCCCCAUCCCUUUUAGGAGUUUAGAGUCUUGUGAGGAAAGCAAGGAAAUUAUAGUUACAAGUGUUAAUGGCCUCAGAAAGUAAGCAGGGUGCUGUAAUAAAAGGGAGUGUGACAGGUGGACAGAUAACUAUCCUAGGGGAGGUCACUGACUAUGGGAUGUGUGAGACCUGAAACAGGAGCUGAUCAAGUGGUGAGAUGGUGAGAGUUCCAGCCAAGAGACCUGUGUGCAAAGGUGUGUGGCAGAUCCUGCAGGGUCUUGUCAGAUGUGGAGAGGAGUUUGGUUUGAGUCCAAGUGCAGGUCAGGGUUUUAAGCAAGGGCCUGAUGUGUUCUAACUGGUGAUCUAGUAUUUUCUCUGGCUGACUUUUCUGAAGGGCUGGCAAGAAAAAAGGAAACCAGUUAAGCUGGUGUCAUCCAGUUGAGCAAGUAGCUUAGACCACCAGUGGUGAAGGAGAUGCAAAAAUGAGCAAGACUCUUCAGAUCCAUCCAGAUCUUGGUAGGGAAACAGAUGAUCCAAACUGAGAUAGAGACAAGGUAUUUCGAAGGCAGAACUGACUAGAGGUGGGGCUGGGUAUGAGUGAGGUGAGGGACCAAAGAACCAGAGCUUACUUUUAGGGGUGCCAUGGAUCGAGGCUUUACAGUGCUUGGCACAGUUUGUGAGUCGUCACUCGUACUCUACCACAAACUGUAAGUUCCAUUAGGGCAGGAACCUCAUCUCAUUUUGCUCUUCAGUGUGUUUUCGCCGCCUAGUGUGAAGUUUGCACUUCAAAGUUGGAUAAGGAAGUCAAGCAGGAGCUCAAAUAUUUGUUAAUGCUCCUUUCUUCUCAAGAGGGGAAAUGCCCCCAACACACCCAGUCUAGGCUAGGUACCCCACCUUGGCCGCCUUCCACUCUCCCCUUUGUCUGUGUCCCCUAGUAGAAUGGCUGCCCCUUCAGCGUAGGGACGCCUCAUCUCCCAAGGGCUUGACACAAUUAGUGGCCCAGAGUAGAUUGUUAGCAAAGAUUGGGUUUUGCCGCAGCGCUUUAUAGUGCUAAAAAGGCAACCACUAGGGGGCGAGCUGAUACCGGCGAGGCGUCCACCGGACGCACUUUCCCUACGCUCCCACCGCGCAGGGCCGGGCUCCGCCGAAGCGCGGGACUGAGCUCGUACCUCCCCACCGGUUCCGGCGCAUGCCCAAGGGCGGCUCAAGAGAGGGGUGGGGCUUGGCUUCCGAGUGUGGGCGGAAAGUGACGAGAGUCCUCGAAGAGCUUUGACUAAGCGCUCGGUCGGCCCCGCAAAGAGGCGGAAGUAACCGAGAAGCGCCGGAAGAUUCCGAUCUGCUGCCCUGGAGCGUUGCGGAUGGUGUGCGGCGCCAGUUGCCAUGGAGCCGGCCGGGCCUUGUGGUUUCUGCCCCGCCGGGGAGGCCCAGCCAGCGCGCUACACCUGCCCUCGCUGUAACGUGCCCUACUGCUCGCUGCGGUGCUACCGGGCGCAUGGCACCUGCGCCGAAAACUUCUACCGUGACCAGGUGCUGGGAGAGCUGCGCGGUCGCAGCGCCUCUCCCAGCCGUCUGGCCAGCGCCCUACACCGGCUGCGUCAGCAACGUGAGACCGAGGAGGACGAGCCCGAGGACGCAGGCCUCAGUUCUGGUCCGGCGCCCGGCGGCCUCUCAGAACUCUGGGAGCGGCUGGCCCCGGCCGAGAAGGCGGCCUUCGAGCGGCUGCUGAGCCGAGGCGAGGCCGGGCGGCUGCUGCCCCCGUGGCGGCCUUGGUGGUGGUGUCGCGGCGUCGGGCCGCGGCUUCUGGAGGAGCUGGGUGAUGCCCCGGGCUGUGACGCCGAGGAGCUGGAGCCGUCCCCUGCGAGGACGCCACCGGAACCCGAGAAGGAUGAGCCUGGGGCUGCCGAGCCAGUUCUCGGAGACGUCCCCGGGGCCUGCCCUCCCGCCGUGCCCACCCGGAUCCCCACGCUGGCCAGCCUGAGCAGGGGCCGGGCGUCACCGCUCGUGCGCUUCCAGCUGCCCAACGUGCUGUUCGCCUACGCACACACUCUUGCCCUGUAUCACGGCGGCGACGAGGCACUGCUCUCUGACUUCUGCGCCACGCUGCUCAGCGUUUCUGGAGUCCUGGGCGCACAGCAAGUCUUCGCCUCUACCGAGGAGGCCCUGCAGGCCGCAGCCCACGUGCUGGAAGCAGGCGAGCAUCCCCCCGGACCCCUGGGCACACGGGGUGCCAUGCGCGAGGCCGCCCGCAUCCUGCUGGGUGAGGGCCUGGCCAACCAGAAAGGCUACACAUUGGCAGCACUGGCGGACCUGGCACAGACCCUGGGCCGGGCCCGGAAACAAGCUGUGGCCCCUGAGGAACGAGAUCGCCUCUAUCGGGCCCGAAAGAAGUGCCAGUUCCUGCUGUCUUGGACCAACGAAAAUGAGGAGGCCCUCACACCCCUGGCUUUAGACUGCGCCAGGGCCCACCGAGCCCACACUGUGGCAGCCGUGGAGGUGGCAGCCCUCACUGGGGAGCUGGAGCAGCUUUGGGGAGGCCCCCUGCCACCUGCCCGUAGGACUCUCAUUGAGGAGCUCCUUGGCUGAACUGGACACUCUUUGUCAUUAAUAAAGCUGUGACUGAUCUGCCCUGUC